AUGUAUGAAGCGCAAAUAAGCGAGCUUGAACUCAAAUGCAGAUCUUUGAAGCAUAUUGUAAAAUCCCAAGAGAAGCAAAACAACCAACAUGAGCUAGCAUUAAAGGCUUUAAACAAGACAUUCAAUACCGACCAGGUUGAAGUAUUAUUGUACGAUAAGCAGCGACCUAAGAAAUGGAGCAAUGCAACAAUUACCGAAAGCCUGAAAACAAAAUUCGCGUGUGGAAAAAAAGGAUGUGAGAAUGAGCGUCAAAAGUAUCCUAUUCCAUCGGAGCGAACAUUGCAAAGAAGGAUGGAAGAUAUACACCCAUAUUCUUGCUUCGAAAGUGGGAUAUUGUACGGUGUGGUAGAGCUUCUGAGGUUGAAAGUCAACACGAUGAAAGAUGCUGACUUGGACUGUGGCAUCGUGUUCGACGAAAUGUCUAUCGAGGAUGCCCGAUCAUAUUGUAUUUCAUCUGGAAAGUUCUAUGGGAACGUGACAACAGAAGAUCAAAGCGUUUUGGCCAGCCAUGCUCUAGUAUUUAUGCUAGUAGGAAUCAGGAGUAGGUGGAAACAGGUAGUAGCAUUCCAUUUUACAGGCAACAGUGUGUCGGAAAAAAUACUCAAGAACAUUCUAUGGGACAUAAUCUUCAAAGUGGAAGCCAUAGGAUGCAAAGUACACUUUAUAACAUCCGAUUGUGCUCCAGGCAAUAAAAAAUUAUGGAACGACAUUGGCUUGAAGUUCCACAAGGCUGAUGUAUUGAGCAGUACCCCAAUUACGCAUCCUGUUGAUCAUAAGCGAACGUUGGAAGUCAUGCCGGACGUAGUACAUGUGUUCAAAUCAGCAGUGCAAGGUUGGGUCAACAAUGAAGUUCUUUAUUUACCACCGGAAGUAGUGACAGCAAACAAUUUGUGCACAUCGGAGCCAAUUGGCAAACCGCCCUGA